CCCAGAUAUCAACACAACAGCUUUAUAAUUCCAGUUAUUUUGCCACGGUCUCUUUUCACUUCUUUGCUGCUGAAAAACCUAGGGUUAAGACUUCCUUGUUAGGUUUUCAACAGCUUUGUGCGCACAAUGGUUCUUCAAAACGAUAUUGAUUUGCUGAAUCCUCCCGCUGAGUUGGAGAAGAAAAAGCACAAGCUCAAGCGUCUUGUUCAGUCACCAAAUUCUUUUUUUAUGGAUGUCAAGUGCCAAGGCUGCUUCAACAUAACAACUGUGUUUAGCCACUCUCAGACAGUUGUGGUAUGUGGCAACUGCCAGACUGUGUUGUGCCAACCAACAGGUGGAAGAGCCAGGUUAACUGAAGGGUGCUCAUUUAGGAAGAAGGGAGAUUGAAUGGUGCAGUAAUCAAACUUUUCUUUAUCCAUGGUCAAGAGUUUUGGUGGUUAGAGUUUUUAUAUGAAAUCAUGCUGUGUUAAUUUUUGUUAAAUUGUAACGAUAUUAACUCUAUUUCCUUAUUCAAUGGUUUAGUUGGGUUAUUCGAUUUUGCAAUGAAUAGCAUGAAUUUAUUUG